GGGGUCCUUUACAUCGUCCUGCCGCUGUCACUGGUCAACCCCCCCACACACACACACACUUUAAACCCCACGUCACAUCAAAGGCUGUGAGGUCUUUAAUGUGGUCCUACCUCAGAAGGUUCCGCUCCAGCAGAACCAAGUUCGGUCAAGAACCUCCGUCCUCCUCCAGCGAUGCCAAAGCCGGAGUCAGGUGUCGUGGGGGGGGGGCAGCGUGGGAAGACACGGCUCGUUCCUGGAGACGAUGCGCUGCACGGUUCACCGUCACUUCUUUGUUACAGCUGUUUGUUCGCAGUAGCUGAAAAUCCGCCGCUUUGUUCUAGAAGUGGGAGAGAAAUGAACGAUGUCAGUAUGAAGGAGACAGUGACCAGAACUGAGAUGGACUUCCUGAACCAGUACCACGACGACGACAACGACAACAACAGCAGCAACAGUGUUGAGUGUACGUUUCCAGAACGGCCCGAGAAAGUUCCUCUGGGAAGUAACUGUCCUGAGUUAGACGCAGAGAGUCAGAAGUUCCUGCCUGACAGCAGCCUGGAGAAGAAGAAGUAUGAGACAGAAUAUCACCAGGGCAAUGCCUCCUUCGGCAUGUCCGUCUUCAACCUGGGCAACGCCAUCAUGGGCAGCGGGAUCCUGGGUCUGUCCUACGCCAUGGCCAACACGGGCAUCGCCCUCUUCGUGAUCCUCCUGGUGGCCGUGGCCAUCUUCUCCCUGUACUCUGUCCACCUGCUUUUGAAGACAGCCAACGAAGGAGGAGCGCUGGUUUACGAGCAGCUGGGCUACAAAGCCUUCGGGUUGCCGGGUAAAGUGGCCGCGUCCUUCUCCAUCACCAUGCAGAACAUCGGAGCCAUGUCCAGCUACCUCUACAUCGUCAAGUACGAGCUGCCCAUCGUCAUUAAAACGUUUGUUGGAGAAGGAAAUGGGGAGUGGUACACCAACGGAGACUACCUGGUGCUGCUGGUGUCGCUGGUCAUCAUCCUGCCUCUGUCCCUGCUCAAGAACCUAGGUUACCUUGGUUACACCAGCGGCCUGUCGCUGCUCUGCAUGGUGUUCUUCCUGAUAGUGGUCAUCAUCAAGAAGUUCCAGAUCCCGUGUCCUCUGCCUGAAGACGUCACCAACAACUCCACGAACACCAGCGCCGCCCUUCAUCCCAACAGCACCGUGGACUACAGUGAAGACUCGUGUACGCCCAAAUACUUCGUCUUCAACUCUCAGACGGUCUACGCCAUUCCCAUCCUGACCUUCGCCUUCGUGUGUCACCCGUCCAUCCUGCCCAUGUACGAGGAGCUCAAAGACCGUUCCCGUCGGAGGAUGCAGGGCGUGGCUAACGUCUCCUUCCUGGCCAUGUUCAUCAUGUACCUGCUGGCUGGACUCUUUGGAUAUCUGACCUUCAACGCCCACGUGGAGCCCGAGCUGCUGCACACCUACUCCAGGGUCUACAAGUACGACGUUCUCCUGAUGAUCGUCCGUCUGGCCGUGCUGUCUGCCGUCACCCUCACCGUCCCCGUGGUUCUGUUCCCAAUCCGUACCUCCAUCAACCAGCACGUGACCAAGUCCAAGGAGUUCAGCUGGAUCCGUCACAUCGUCAUCACCGUGGCUCUGCUGGCCGGGACCAACACCCUGGUCAUCCUGGUGCCCACCAUCAGGGACAUCUUCGGCUUCGUUGGAGCGUCUGCGGCGGCCAUGCUCAUCUUCAUCCUGCCCUCGGCCUUCUACAUCAAACUGGUCAAGAAGGAGUCCAUGAAGUCGAUGCAGAAGAUCGGGGCCGCUGCCUUCCUCCUGCUGGGCCUGGUGGUCAUGGUCUCCAGCAUGAGCCUCAUCAUCCUGGACUGGAUCCACAACGCCUCCGCCACUGAGGAGACGCCGGCCAACACUGGACACUGAUGGUCACACACUGGGGCUGCAGCCGGGGGGGGGGGCGCCUGUAGUGAAGAAGAAGAAAACACAGGAACUGACUUGAUGCUCGGCGCCCCCUUCCUGAGCGUCAGACUAUUGCCAUUCUGAGAGAAUGUAUUGAACCUUUGUACAGUUUGUUGUUUUCGGCCGUGACGACGACGACGACGGCGUUUCUUUUUUUUUCUCCUCUUUUUAUUGUAGAUUUUUCCGUUGUUAUUUUUUGCUCUUUGUAUUUUUUUGUAGUUGUCGGUACAGAUGAAACAAAUAUAUGAAGGUGCCUGAUCACAGACCGCCGCCCACUACAACACUCACGUGUGUGGCAGGAGCGUGGCUGUGAUGUCAGAUCAGUGAUGUCACUGAGGUCUUGUGGCCGUUGGAUUUGAACAUUAAUUUUAUUCCAACUUUUUUUUUUCAGUCCAAAUUUUGCCAAAUUUGUUUGUGAAACGUUGGUUUACUGAAAGCACUUACAGUUUAGCACACUUAAAAAAGUUGGAUUUGUCCGUUCUCACAGACACGGCGAGGAAAUCGCUGCCGCCGCUCAGUGUUCGUACCGAGGCUCCGUUAUGUUUCCUGUCGUGUCUGUUUUACUCAGAACCGCUGCGACACUGGAGGCCUCCGACACGAGGCCCACUCUAUUUACUCUUUUGUAAAAAAACAAACAACAAAAAAACAACGAAAACCUGCUGAAGAUAUCGUCAGAAGAACGCACGCCGCCGCGACCGUAACCUGAGGCUGCAGACCUUCAUUUCCUCCCCGACCUGUGACCUCUGACCUGGCGGGGAGGAAAUUUAGAAGAUGUUUUUCUUAAUGAAAGACUUUGAAUCUGACCACAUGCUGUGGUUCUAAUAAACCUGGAAGACUUGCAGAAAAAAAAAAGCCCUGGAACCAGAACUGUUCCUCAGUGCUGGCGCCCUCUGGAGACCAAACGUAGAAAAGAAACAAAGGCAGGUCUUUGAGUAUUGUUGCUCCGUGGUUGCACACACUCCUCCACAGUUUGACACUGAAGUGGAAGCCCUGACGUGGACUCUGCCCAGUACAGCUGUGCUUCCAACACUAAGUCAACGUCACCACCUGCUGUCAAAUCAAUGUAAUUUAAUCUAUUUUACUAUAUUUAUAUAAUACUGUAUGUACAUAUACAUGUAUAUCUAUAUUAUAUAUGAAUACCCUCUGUGUUGAACUGUAUAUAGGCUUCUGUUUUGUCCUUUUUUGAUUUUGAGCUGUAAAAACAAACAUGAAAAAAAGAAAAAACGGUGAAUUUGUAUCUCUGACUUUUGUCUCCGUUAAGACUGAAAGACUUGUUGACUUGUUGAAUCGUUUGAUUCUGUCUGAUCUGUUACAUCUAAACACUUUGGAGUCAGGGUCGCAGCAGUCGGGGCUCAGGAGCCCACUAGGGGGAGCCCACCAGUGUUACUCUUGUUUCAAUGAAACACUUCUAUUAUUGUCUCAAUAAAAAUCGACCAAAA